UCCCAAACAUGCCCACCACGGAAAUCUUCAUCGCGGCCCUCAAGCCCGGCAGCAACAUCGGCGACCCCUCCAACGAAGCAGCCCAAACCCUCAAGUCCGUCGGCGACACGCUCAUCCAAACCGAUGGCGUGCAGGACAUUCACUUUGGCAUGCAAGUCGAGAGUCCCAAUACGUUGCAGCUGCUCGUCACCUGGGACAAACUCGACUCCCACAAGACCUUCAUGUCCACGCCGACCUACAAACCCUUCGUCGACCGCAUCCUCGCCCUCAUCGACGGCGCCCCCUCCAUGAUCCACACCGACCUCGAACCCACCGCAUCUGUCGCACCCGCCCUCGCCGCGCCCGUGACGGAAAUCGCAACAUUCUACUUCGGCGGGGAAGCUCCGGAGGAUUACAUCUCCGGCGUGCACAAGUUCCGCGACAUCCUCGAGAAGGAAAAGUCGGAUGGAUACCUGGGAGCGGCGAUUGGAUUGACGGUGGAAGAGGUGGAGAGGGAGGGACAUAAGGGGAAGGGAGCGGUGUUGGUGAUUGGAUGGGAGAGCGUGGAGAAGCAUAUGGCUUUUAGGGAGACGGGGACGUUCAAGGAGAAUAUUGGGUUGUUGAGGAAUGGAGCGAAGACGUUGGAGAUGCAUCAUGUGCCGUUUAUGGAGUUUGUGAGGGAGCAGUAG